AAUUAAGCAUUGGCAAAUUUUGCAAGAAAAGUCGCUCAAGCGUCAACAACAACAGCAACUACAGUGCACACAGCAGGCAUUUCAUUUCAUUUUGGAUACCGCCGCGGACUUACAAAGUACAACAACAGCAAUCACAUCGACGGCUAGCAAGACAUGCUCAGACCAUAAGCAACCUGCUGCCACUUACACGCUAUCCCAAUUAUAAAUAUACGAUACUAAAUGGCCGCUUAGCACACCGAUUAGGGAGCUAACGAGAGUGAGUGGGACAGGAAGUCUCACAUACACACACAUGUGCAGCCAUAGCCAGACAAGUGCUGUUGCCGUCUCGCAGACUUCGUGUCAUUUAAAACGUAUGCGUUUUCGCAGUUUUUGAUUUGAAACACAUACAAGGAAACACGCGCUCACCCUCUAAAUCACACACAUACACACGCACACACACACUCACACAUUAGGCCAAAAUGUGGUGCACGACAAAAAUGGUUUACAGUUAUAGAAUUUUAUGGCUUUCCGGCAUUUUACUAGCUCCCUUCUUGCUAGUCAGCAUUGUAGCUGAGGACCCGGCCAGUCCAGUAUUUCAAAAUCAUAAGACGAAGGAAUGGACGAAUUUAGAUAAUAUAACAUUCUCCUUUGAUUGUAAGCGACGGUCAGUGGGCUUCUAUGCCGACAUGGAGUACAACUGUCAGAUAUUUCAUAUGUGCGAUGAGGAGGGAAAUCGGAUACCUCAUCUUUGUGCCAAUGAAACAUCUUUCAAUCAAGAAUAUAGAAUCUGUGAUUGGGACUACAACUUCAACUGCACAGAGUCGCCGAAAUGGUUCUACCUUAACGAGCUGACCUAUGCCACAGAUCCGCCAGAUGAAGAUGACGAAGACUAUUAAUGCACUUAACUAAAUAUUUAUUAUCUUCUUGCGAAAGAGCAAACUAACUGAAAAUCAAAACAAAUACGCAAUCGGGCCGGCAAUGUUUUCAGAUUUGCUGUUUCUGCGGCGUUUACUGUAAAUUUCCACAAAAUGUAAUUUUAGUUGUUAUUGAGUUUCGUAAUUUUGUGUAAUUUUGUAUGUACCCACUAUGUACACUGUAUUAGUCUAAUUGCUCAAGGUCAUUUGCGUGAGUGUUGUGUAAAUAAUGUUGUAAAUUUUUCCAAUAUAUAGAAAUAUGAGCCCUGCAUAAACAGCAACAAUAACAAGCUGUUGUCUGUUUAGUUUGCAAAUAAUAAAUUUAUUUGUAUGUGGAUUAAGCAAAAUAAAACGAAAGGAAAUUGCGCCUAAGUAGCAACGAUUAUUUUAUUA